CUCCGCUGGCAACCUGGCAACGCGUAAUCAUCCCUGAAGCCGCUGCCCAAUUUUUUUAUUCAUACUGUGCGCUAGUAGCAACAAUUAUGGCUGGGAUGUUUCUGUUUUAAACAUGUUUAAAUUGAUGGUCGGAUUGAGUUAAGUUUGUUUGUUGUAAUAGAAGUACAGGAUGCGUUUUGCGGCAAAGCGCUGCGGGGUGCAGUUCAGCCCUCCAUCCAUAGUUUUAAUUUAUGAGCACACGGAAACCAAAAAGGUGCGAAAAAGAAUAAUACCUGUGCGAAAUUUCUCCAAAUACUCCGUUGCUGUGAUCAGAGCUGGAGUCAUGAAUGCACACUGCAUUAACAUAUACUACAGCAUGGCUGCUGAAAGGCUGAAGAACAACCCUCGGCACAGGGACUACCUGGAGGGUGUCUCUCAAAGCCAGCUUGAGAAGCUUCACAUUAUCCUGCGCGAUCACAUGCAGGGCUUCAGUCUGGAGCACAGCCUCUCCUCGUUCUGUCUGGACCCUGACGAAGACCUGAACAAACUGGACGAUGAGGACCUGGCACGCAAGAAAGGCCAAAUGGACGAACUGUUUGAGAAAAACCGGAGACGCAAAGAUGAUCCUGACUUUGUUUACGACUUUGAAGUUGAUUUCACUAAGACCACCUUAGAAAAGUGCAGCUGGGAUGAUGAAUCAGAUGAUGGAUUUUGAAACUCUCUUUUUACCAAUGUUUUAAUUAAGAAUGUAGAUUGUAAAUCUAUAGUGAGACUGCAGGAACAUACAACCCAACUGAUGUAGAUGGCAAUGCUUCAAUAAAUGUCAAUAUAGUAGAAA